CAGUGAACAGUGACAGGGGCAGGGACAGCGAACAGUGACAGGGGCAGGGGCAGGGCCGGGGCAGGGCCGUGGCAGGGCCGGCCCCCUCCCGCGCCUCCCCCGCUUCCUCCCGGCCCCGCCUGUUGAUGUUUCACUUGCUUUUAAUUCCCGGGUCGCAAGAUGGAGGCGGCGCUGGGACGUCGCGAUCUGUCGCUGCUGCUGCCGCUGUCGCUGCUGCUGCCGCCUCUGGCCGCCGCUCUGCUGGGCCCGGCCGCGCCGCUGGGACAGGAAGCAAUCAGAGUUGGUGUUACGAUGCUGAACACCAGUGGAGAAUCUCACAAAGGACAGGUUCUUUUUAACAUCACCUAUGCAAAUGGACAGGUUUAUCUAAAUGACUUUCCUAUGAAAAGCGGGGUUGCCCACAUAACAUGUCAGACAAUAAUAUUGGAGAACAGAAGCUUGGAUAACUUACCGGAUCAGCAGCGCCUGGGAACUGUCAGUGUUCGCAUCAUGGUUCACGAGUGGCCUUUGGCAUCCACUUCUAAUUUGCAGCUGAUUGUUGUUCAGGAAGAAGUGACAGAAAUUGAUGGAAAACAGGUUCAUCAGGAAGAAGUAACAGAAAUAGAUAUUUUAGUGAAGGACCUGAGAGUACUCAGACAUUCCAACUACACCGUCCCCUUGAAAGAGAGCAUGCUGUAUUCCAUGCCAAGGGACAACGACGUGUUAUUUACACUGCCCAACCUCUCAGGAAAAGAUAUUCAAGAUCCAUUGCAAACUACCAGUCAGUACCUCAUCCAGCAAGUAGAAACUACAGUGGAUGAGGAGACACUACCUGGCAAGUUACCAGAGACCCCCCUUAGGAUAGAACCUCCAUCUUCUUACAAGGUGAUGUGCCAGUGGGUAGAAGACUUGAGAAAACGGUUGUGCAGAUUCUGGUUUCAAUCUUUACCUAUCUUGUUUAGUUUCAUGGAAGUUGUUGUUGUUGGAGUUGUUGGAGCAGCUCUAAUUAUCAAAGUCUUAAAGGUGAUUCUCCCUUCCUGUGAAAAUAAAGGCAUCCUCCUCCUGGAUCAAGUCAGCUUUGUACCUGUGACUACCAUCAGCCUGCCUUCAGACCUUUCAGACACGAAAAAUAAUUUAGAUGAGAAAGCAUGUACUUAAUACUGUAUUUACUUUGGAGUUACUGGAUUUUAAAAACACACUUUCAGUUGAUCUUAUAUUUGGCACCUGAUCUUAAUACCUUGUUUUUUUCCUACUAAGAAAAGUAAAUCAAUUGAUUAAUUGAUAAAGGGCCACUCAGGCUGAGGCCCAAAGCUGACUUCCUUGUGCCUCUCCAUAAACAAUCAGCCUUUUCAGAAGCUUCAAAAUAGAACAGCUGCCUUUUCAGAAGCUUCAAAAUAGAGCAGCUUUCCACCCUGAGGACUGCCAUUGGUUUUAACUUCUAUGAAGUCAUUUUUCCACACCUCAGACAGAAUGCUGGCUGCCUUCAUGCCCAUAAACCGAGUCAGCUGUCCUGACUAACACGAUGAUGAAAUUCAGGGUGUCCUUAAAUCCGCAGAUAGGAUUUGUCAGAAAAAGAUGAGGGAAUAUUGCAAACAUCAGCUGUGCCUGCAAACCUAAGCAAAGCUGCCCCACCUGCCUCCAGGUCUCGUAGGGUUGAGUGUGUCUUGCAAGGAAGAUACCACUACCAAACAUUUGUGUUACUCAAAAGAUACAAUGUUUUAUAAUAUAUGCAAAACAAAAAUUUGAACAGCAUAUUUAUAUUUCAAGCACUUUACAUUUUUAUGGUCCCUUCCACUCAUAAAAAUUGUUAGCAGUUGUAAUCAGCUUGCUUUUUGGAUCUGUGACAGCAGUACUCUAUGAAGUCCCAAAAGAAAAAUGAAAAUUCCAUUAAAUUCUACAGAAAUACUGGCUUACUCUUGCUGAGUAGGCCCAGUCUGCUCAUGCCAGUUUGUACUGUAAACGUUUUUCAAAUAAACAUUUAAAUUGUUUAUUA